AUAAUAAAUUGAUAAAAUGAAUAUUAAUAAACUUAUAAGAAUAUUCUUUUUAUUGAUAAUUUCAUCAAUUGAAAUUGGUCAAUCAUUAGUCCCAGUUGAACGUCAUGGACAUAGCGCAGUUCUUGUAGAUAAAAAAUUAUAUUUUUUUGGAGGAGAGUCGGUUUUUGGUAAACUAAAAAAUUCAAUACAUUUGGACCAAAUAUUAUAUAUUGAUUUAUCAAAGCCAUUUAAUACCGCAAAUCCACCAUUUGAAGAAGUAAUAAAUGCACCAAUGCCAUUUGGAAGUUCAUAUGCAACAGCAUUUCUUAGUCCUCAAAAAAAAAACAUAAUUUAUUUAUUUGGAGGAAUUAUGUGGGAUGUAAAUGCUAAUGUAGAUAAAUUUAAAUCGAUUUUAUAUUCGUAUAAUGUAGAAACUAAUGAAUGGAUCCCACCAGCAACAACUGGAAUUGCGCCUGAGAAAAGAAGAGAAAUAAAUGGUGUCAUUAAUAAUGAAACUGGAAAAUUUUAUGCUUUUAGUGGAUUGGAUACAAAUGCUCAAAAUGUUGUAACAACGUUUAAUGAUAUGAAUAUACUUGAUAUUAAUUCUUUAACCUGGUCAAAAGGUUCUAUAACAAACGCUCCACUUCCUCGUGUGGACUAUACCGCUACUUUAUUAUCUAAUGGAAUUAUUGUUUUCAUUGGUGGAAGAGAAACCAAUAAUUUAGUUAGUGUUGACAUAAAUCAGCUUCCUCUUUAUGACACGAAAGUUGACAGAUGGUCAACAAUGACGGCACGAGGGGUUACUUUGGAAAACCGUAAUUCGCAUUCUGCAAUUCUAACAUCAGAUGAAAAAAUAAUUGUUUUUGGUGGAAAUAAAGAUGAUAUUGCUACACCAGUUCUAAAUCCACUUGCUGUGUUAAAUACAAAAGUAGUCCCAUAUGAAUGGUCAGUUCCAACACCAGCUCCUCCUUUACCUUUAACAACUAAUUUACAUUCUGCUACAUUAGUUGAAAAUUAUAUGUUUAUAAAUUUUGGUCAAGUACAUCCAAAAAAUGAUUCUCUAUUACAGAAACCAUUUUUUUAUAUUCUUGACGUAAGAAAUUUUACAUGGGUAGAAAAAUUCGAACCUGAACAACUAUCACAAUCACCAAAUGGUACUACUACUGUAAAUACUUCGUCAACUAAUUCGCCUGGUUUAGGUGUGACAACCCCUGAUAAUGGUAAACAAAUCGGUAUUAUUAUUGGAGCUGUUGGUAUUAGUGUCGGUGUUAUCGCAGUUGCUGGACUUUUAGGUUAUAAAUAUUAUAAAAAACAAAAAUAUACGCGUGCUAUACCUACUGCUGGGAGUCCAACUAUUUAACCAAAAAUUAUAAAACAAAUAUUU